UACAACCAAGAAUUAUUCAACUUCUAAGUAGAAAACAAAAAAAGAAGAAGAAGAAAAGAUUAUAUUGAAAAGAAAGCAAAAAUAUAAUGAAGGUGAAUGUUAAGAGGUCUUAUGUAGUUAAACCAUCGGAGCCAACAUGGAGUGGGCUUCUCUCCUUAUCCGAGCUUGAUCAGCUCGGAACCUUGAUGCAUGUUGAAACCCUCUAUUUCUACUCUACUCCUUCCACAUUAUCCCCAGACGCCAUUAUCGACACCUUGCGACUCUCUCUCAGCAAAGUCCUGGUGCAUUUUUUCCCCUUGGCCGGUCGCCUGAGCUGGACUCUUGCCGGCGGCGCCGGCCGCAGCUCACCCCUCGCGCUCAACUGCAACGCCGCUGGCGUUGUCCUCGUAGAGGCGGAAUCCGAUGCCGUGUUGGCCGAUCUUGGGGACUUCUCGCCCUGCCCCGAGUUAAACCACUUGGUUCCUAGCGUAGACUACAGCGAUGAUGAUCGUAUCCAGGAUAUUCCCUUGUUCGCGGGGCAGCUCACUAAGUUCAGAUGUGGAGGGAUUAGCCUUGGGUUUGCGAUAUCUCACGUUGUGGCUGACGGACAUGGUCUCUGCCAUUUUCUGUCGGAGUGGGCUAAUCUUGCCUCCGGGAAACCAUUGGGCUCCGCCCCUUUUCAUGACCGCAGACUUCUCCGCGGCGCAGGAAAAUCAUUAUCUUCUCCACAGGGAGGUCCUCGUCGGGAUUUCGAUCAUUCUUCUCCGCUUAUCGUUGGCCAGUCCAGCGACGAAAGCGAGAGGAUGAAGGAAACCAAAGUAUCGACGCUGAGAUUAAGUAAACCACAGAUUCAUGCACUAAAAGCUGCCGCCAACAAUGGUCGGAGUUAUAAUGCCAAACCGCGAGGCUAUACCAGGUUCGAGGUGAUAACCGCCCACAUAUGGAGGUGCGCAUGCAAAGCGCGAAGCCAUAAACCCCAGCAGCCCACGACUUUAUGCUUUUCUGUCGACAUCCGCAGGCGAAUGGAGCCUCCUUUGCCAGAUUCGUAUUUCGGGAAUGCGGUCAUUAACGUCGUGAUCUUUGGCGUCUCCGGGGAGAUUAUCUCCGGGCCACUACAAGACGUGGCUUGUAAAAUACGUGAGGCAAUCGAUGGUGUAACCUCGGAGUUCGUGAACUCUUCAAUAGAUUUUUAUAGAAAUAAAGAGGACGUGAUUAAGAGGCAAGAAUUAGGAGACUUAUUUGAUGGGAAUCCAAAUCUGAGUGUUAUAAGCUGGGUGCCUCUUCCGAUUCAGGGACUGGAUUUUGGGUGGGGGGAGGAGAUUCAUAUGAGCCCUGGAAAUAAUUUCUGUGAUGGGAACGUUUACAUCCUUCCAGUUCCGGACGGAAUUGAUGGGGAUGGGUCAUUGCUGGUUGCUGCAUGUUUUCAAGUUGAUCACAUUCAAGAUUUCAAUAAAUAUUUCUAUGAAGAUAUCAACAAUUUGUGAAGGAGACUGUACCCAAUCGUUAUAUCGUGCAUCAGGGCUACAAUGCAUUGUGCCCCCGGUCCAAAACGACGUCGUGUUUAUGUUA